GCCAAGUUCAACAGACGCCCAUGGUGGCCAUGCACAAUUUGUCAUGACCCAGUGCUGGACUGUCACUCAAAAAUGAAAGUUUCCAAUCGGAGACCAUACCGAGAGUACUAUGUGGAUGCCUUAGGAGAACCUUCAGAGAAAACUUGGGUUGCUGGAAAAGCUAUUGUCCUCUUUGAAGGAAGACAUCAGUUUGAAGAGCUGCCUAUUCUUCGGAGAAGAGGAAAGCAAAAAGAAAAAGGCUACAAACAUAAGGUUCCUCAGAGAUUUAUGGCUAAAUGGGAAGUCAGUGUUGGACAGGCAGAAGACAUUCUUCUUGGGGGGCCAGAGGAUCAAAAGUGCAGCCAGAACUCCAGUGAGCUGGACAGCGAGAAGGAAGCGCAGUUGGAAUACUAUGCCAAUGGCCCUGGAGCAGAAAGGGACAGGCAGCUGAAUGGUUGUUUUAAAUCCUUUGUGUUUGACUCCAGACACCCAGCCAGUGAAAAAGGAAAGUUGCACAUUAAGCCACACAUGAAAAAAAGCUCUGACAGUAGAAAAAGGACUAGAGUAAAAAAGAGUGGCAGAAGAGGGGAAGCAUCUAGGGGAGAAAUCAAAGACAAGACAGAGAGCAUAGUUAGAAGUGUGAUUGUCGGGGAACUACCGGAUAAGCAUGCAUCUCAUGAACUUCGUCGCAUUGCAAACAGCCUAACGGCAUCUAGUGGCCCCAGGGAAAACCAUUUGCUUUCCUCCUUUGGAGAAAGACGUUUUGAAAAGGCAACUUUGAAACCAGAGUAUGAGACUCGUAAAAGUGAUACUCUGAAAAAUACACUCCAGGGUGAUUUGUUUUCCAGUGCAUCUUUGGAGAGAGAGAAGAGCUCCCUGGGCAUUCUGUGCAGUUCCAAAUUACAAAUACACUAUUCUGCAUCUGAUACUGGUAUUGAGAAAAAGCUAACUGAAUCGGAUGCAUCCUCUUCCCUCUCUGAUGAUGGAAACAGUGAUGUAGAUACUAUGGACCAAAGUUCGGAGAGAGCCUCCAGCACUCUUGAAAUUAGUGAUUCUUCAGAUAAAAUGGAGAAGGAAUUUCCUAUGACGUCAAGUGGAAACAUUAAGCUUUCCAUGUAUCUGUCCCAGAAGAGCAACAGAAGGGCCAGGAAGAAGUCACACAGAGAUCGUAAAUCCCUAGGAGGUUCAGUAGCCAGCAGACUUGAUGCUGAAUUUGCGGAUGGGGAACUUGAAGGAGGCUCCUCUGAUGCUGAGAUGUCACUGAUGGCUCUUGAGUGUUCUUCAGAUGUAAGAAAUGACAAUCUUUCCCUAGUGAACAAGCACGCCACUCCCCAAAAUGUUUCCAAGGACAGCUCCUGGGCUGCUGUUCCAAAACAAGCAAUCUUAAAACAAAAGAGCCUGAAACUGCCCCGGAUCAGGAGUAUAAAAUGUAAACAUAAAGAAAAAGUUACUGGCUUGGAACCUUCUCUCUCAGAAGAGGACCGUAGCAUGAAUUGCUGCUCUCCUGAUACCAAAGGUUUCUCUGGCCUUCAUAAAGAUUCUCUUCCUAAAAGUGGAAAAGUUGAUGGUCAGAAACUGUUAAACAACAUGCAUGAGAAAGCCAGGGAUUCUGCUGAAAUAGAAACGGCUGUGGUGAAACAUGUCUUGUCAGAGUUGAAGGAACUGUCUUAUCGGUCCAUGAAUGAUGAUGCUAGUGACUCUGGUACUCCAAAGGCCACAGUACCUUUACUUUUCUCUUCCACCUCUGGUCACAGUCGUUUGCCUAUUGAGCCAGAUUACAAAUUCAGCACGUUGUUAAUGAUGUUGAAGGAUAUGCAUGAUAGUAAGACAAAAGAGCAGCAACUGAUGGCUACUCAGAAUAUGGUCCCAUAUCGAAAUACCAGUACGACUGAUGGCUCUGGAAGCAAUUCUGCGAGCGGUCUGAAGUCCUUGCCUGUUGUAGGCCCCCCAUAUAAACUAGAAAAAAAUGGGGAUUGCGUCCAGGAAACAGUAAAUCCAAACUCCAGUAUAAGCAACUUCUCACUUUCACGCAAUCCUACAACCAAGUUAACAGGGAUUGGUACUAGCAAAAGGGAGCCCACGAAUACUGCUGUUUCUGGGACAAAUGGCACAAAUUGCGUAUCCAAACGCAACUGUUCAAAAUCUAAGCAGCCAUCAAAACUUGGAGAUAAAACAAUUUCAAACAGAAAGGACUUAAAACCAGGAGGGCCAAGUAAGUUAUUAAGUCGGUUAUCCAGAGAUUCAGGAGAACAUGCAUUCCAUGUUCAUGGUUUGAUUACCAGGCCUCUAGGUAAGGAAGCAGAAGAUACUGAGAGGAAAGAGUCUGUUGAUUUAACAGAACAUUCAACUGAUGAAGAUUCUACCUGUUUAUCUGAUGACAAUUUAGAUCGUAUUGGAAGGAGACCUGAACCUUGUAGAAAUAUUGAAAGCUCCAUUUCUGCUGAAAAUGGGGAGAGUCCAGACUUGGAUUCAGAGGCAAAUAGUGAGAGCUCUCUUGGUGAUGAGUCUAAUGAUAUGAAUCACGUAGCACCCAAAAAGCGAUGGCAGCGUUUUAACCAAAGCAGUGCUAGAUCCAAUAAGCACAUCAGUAGAUCUAGGGAACAAGGAAACUUGGAGAGUGCCUUUGGCCUGAAUUCUCGUGGCUUUUUGCUGAAGGGAAAUGAGUGCUUGGGACGUAGGCAUUCCUCUCAUUCGAAGGUGCUUGAGCGAGACCUAACAGAUCAGGACUAUGAGAAUCAUUUAGACUUAGUUGAGAAACGUUUGAAUGUAUGUGGUAAGCCAAACAACAGUGUGAUGGACUCAGAAACAGAGCUUGGCAACUUUGCUCCCCAGUCUGAAUUCUCUGCACAAGUACAUUCAGAGAGGAAACGCCUUAGAAAGCCAAGUAAACGACUUCUAGAAUAUGCAGAAGAAUAUGAUCACAUAUUUGCACCCAAGAAAAAAUCAAAGAAGAGCCAGGAGCAAUUACAGAAGGUGAAUUCUGUGAUGAAGUCUGAAUUUGAAGGAGUGCUUCCUGUACAACACAGUCCUGGAAGCGAUGCCCAGCGAGGGCAGAGCCCUUUGGUUUCAACUCCAUCUUCAACCAAAGAGUCCCCUCCAAUCCUUGAAGCAGAGUGCUCCCUAUCAGAACUAGGAUCCCAUUGCACUGAUCCCACUGACCAACUUUUAGAAGGACAUUCAGACAUGCCAGAGCUGGUGCUGUCUUCCUCAGAUGUUUCUGAAGUUUCUGCUUCUCCAGAAGCAGAGGAGAGAUUCCUGAAAACAGGAAACUUCGAAAGCAAACGUCAAAGGAAGCCCACUAAAAAGCUUCUGGAAUCUAAUGAUUUGGACACUGCCUUUAUGCCAAAGAAGGAGGAGUGGACUCCCCCAAAGAAGGGCACUGGCCCUUCAGAAAGUGACAGCUCUGAGCUAUACUCUCCAGCCCACUUCUCUGACCUGGGAGAAGCUCCUGAAAAGCUCUUGGAGAAGCAGCGGAAGCGGAAGAGACAGCGCCAUCCCUCUGUUGCAAUGCACUCCAAGAAGGAGAGAAAUGAGGAAGGGCUGGGGGAGGCCCCACACUCUGAGGGGGAGACAUCAGUUCAUGGGACUGCUGCAAGCCCCAAAGAGGGUAAUGAAGAGGGGUCUGAGAAUGACCAUGGAGUGCCUUCGUCCAAAAAGAUACAGGGGGAGCGUGGAGGAGGUGCAGCUCUCAAGGAAAACGUGUGUCAGAUCUGCGAGAAGCCGGGGGAAUUGCUGCUGUGUGAGGCGCAGUGCUGUGGUGCUUUCCACCUGCAGUGCCUUGGGCUCUCUGAGAUGCCAAAGGGCAAAUUCAUCUGCAAUGAGUGUUCCACAGGAGUCCAUACCUGUUUUGUGUGCAAGAGUAGCGGGGAAGAUGUAAAGCGGUGCUUGCUGCCCCUCUGUGGGAAAUAUUACCAUGAGGAGUGCAUACGGAAGUAUCCGCCCACGGUCAUGCAGAACAAGGGUUUCCGAUGUUCUCUGCACAUAUGUAUGACUUGUCAUGCUGCUAACCCAGCAAACAUCUCUGCAUCUAAAGGUCGCCUGAUGCGCUGUGUACGGUGUCCAGUUGCAUACCACUCCAACGACUUCUGCCUUGCUGCUGGGUCUGUGGUCCUUGCCUCCAACAGCAUCAUCUGCCCCAAUCACUUCACUGCGCGGAGGGGCUGUCGCAACCACGAGCACGUCAACGUCAGCUGGUGCUUUGUCUGCUCAGAAGGGGGCAGCCUUUUAUGCUGCGAGUCAUGCCCAGCUGCAUUUCACCGUGAGUGUCUAAACAUUGAGAUGCCAGAGGGAAGCUGGUAUUGCAAUGAUUGCAAGGCAGGCAAAAAGCCACACUACAAGGAAGUAGUUUGGGUGAAAGUUGGGCGUUACAGGUGGUGGCCAGCUGAGAUUUGUCAUCCAAGGACAAUCCCUGUCAACAUUCAAAAAAUGAAACAUGAUAUUGGCGAGUUCCCUGUGCUGUUCUUUGGCUCCAAUGAUUACCUGUGGACCCACCAGGCCCGUGUGUUCCCUUACAUGGAAGGUGAUGUCAGCAGCAAAGACAAGAUGGGGAAAGGUGUGGAUGGCAUAUACAAGAAAGCUCUUCAGGAAGCUGCAGUAAGAUUUGAAGAGUUGAAGGCACAGAAAGAACUGAGACAGCUUCAGGAAGACAAGAAGAAUGACAAGAAACCUCCUCCCUACAAACACAUUAAGGUAAACCGGCCGGUGGGUAAGGUGCAGAUCUUCACUGCAGACCUGUCGGAGAUACCACGUUGCAACUGCAAACCAACGGAUGAAAACCCGUGUGGCCUAGACUCAGAGUGCAUCAAUCGCAUGUUGCUCUAUGAAUGCCAUCCCAUGGUCUGCCCUGCUGGCGAGCGCUGUCAGAACCAGUGCUUUUCCAAACGACAGUAUCCCGAGGUACAAAUUUUCCGCACACUGGCACGAGGCUGGGGCUUACAAGCCAAAACGGACAUUAGAAAAGGUGAAUUUGUUAAUGAGUAUGUUGGGGAGCUAAUCGAUGAAGAAGAGUGCCGAGCCCGAAUCCGCUAUGCUCAGGAACAUGACAUCACCAAUUUCUACAUGUUGACACUGGAUAAGGAUCGAAUCAUUGAUGCUGGACCAAAGGGCAAUUACGCUCGGUUCAUGAACCACUGCUGCCAGCCAAACUGUGAGACUCAGAAAUGGUGUGUGAAUGGUGACACUCGGGUUGGUCUCUUCGCGCUUGUAAAUAUCAAAGCUGGAACUGAGCUGACUUUUAACUACAACCUGGAGUGUUUAGGAAAUGGAAAGACAGUUUGCAAAUGUGGUGCCCCAAAUUGCAGUGGCUUCCUGGGAGUACGGCCAAAGAGCCAACCCAGUCUCACUGAGGAAAAGUCCAAGAAGCUAAAGAGACGGCCACAGAUGAAGCGCAGGUCACAGGCGGAGGUCAUGAAGGAGCGAGAGGACGAGUGUUUCAGCUGUGGGGAUGGAGGGCAGCUAGUUUCUUGUAAGAAGCCGGGCUGCCCCAAAGUGUACCAUGCCGACUGCCUCAACCUGACCAAGAGGCCUGCAGGAAAAUGGGAGUGCCCAUGGCAUCAGUGUGAUUUGUGUGGCAAGGAAGCAGCUUCCUUCUGUGAGAUGUGCCCCAGAUCCUUCUGCAAGCAGCACCGAGAAGGCAUGCUCUUCAUCUCCAAGCUGGAUGGACGUUUAUGCUGCACAGAGCAUGAUCCCUGUGGGCCCAACCCGCUAGAGCCAGGAGAAAUUCGUGAGUAUGUGCCUCCCAUAGGAGCACUGGCUAAUGGCGAUGACACCCAGCCACCAGAGCAGCCGUCUGCAGAUACAGAUCUGAGUGUUCAGUCUUUGGACAGGCUACCUCAGUCAGUGGCCUUCAGACUGCAGACAUCGGACAAACCCCCUGCUACCCUAGCGCUGAGGCUGCCACCGUCAGACAAACCCCCCACAACCCUAGCCCUGAGGUUGCAGCCAUCAAACAAGCCCCCCACCACCCUAGCCCUGAGGCUGCCUCCACCAGACAAACCACCUGCUACUCUGGCACUGAGACUGCCACCAUCAAAUAAACCCCCCACUACCUUGUCACUGAGACUGAAGCCAUCCAACAAACCCCCCACUACCCUUUCGCUCCGGCUGCAGCCUUCGGACAAACCUCCUACCACCCUGUCGCUCCGUUUGCAGCCAUCGGAUAGGCCCCAGGCUGCCCUGUCCCUAAGGCUGCAGUCAGAGAAGCAGCCCAUCGUUGUAGCGCUCAGAUCUCAGCAGCCCGACAAACCUCCCACUAACGCAGUGCUGUGGCCGCUGGAUGAGUCUCCUAGUGACUCCUCACAGCCUCAUCUGCCGAGCAAAUCUCCUCCAGGAACUCCACAGUCAUCAGACGAGUCACUUGUUACUGCUGGUGACCUGCAGCUUCAGCUAUCGGACAAGCCUCCUGCCACUGCUGGGGUUUUGGGGUUCUCAGACAAGUCUCUCAUUGGCACCAGAACCCAGCAGUCUCAGCUGCUGGAUGAGUUUCCAGCAAAAUGCCUGCAUCCUCAACUGUCAGACAGACUUCUCACCACAGCAGGGACCCUGCAGUCCCAGGCAGUGGAUGAGCCUCCUGUGGCUGAUCAGCCUCAGCUGUUGAAUAAAGCUUCUGCCCAGAGUCCACAGCCUCAGUCCAUAGAGAAGGCUCCCAGCUCUGUGAUGCCACGUGUCCCAGCAUCAGAGAAGGCUCCUGGCCCUGGGAUGCUGUGGCCUCUGCCCAUUGAAAAAGUUCCCAGCUCCCCUAUCUCACGGAUCCUGCCCACGGAGAAGGUUCCUGGAUCUGGAGUGCCACGGCCCCUGCUUCCGGAAAAGGCUUCCUUCUCUGGAGCUGUGCGACUCCCAACCACGGAGAAGACUCCCAGCUCUGGGUUGCCACGUCCCCUACCUUUGGAGAAGGCUCCUGUGUUGGGGAUGUCACGGAUCCUACCCACAGAGAAGGCACCCAACUUAGGUGUACCAUGGCCCCUGCCUCUGGAGAAGGCCCCUGGCUCCAGGUCACCGCACGUGCUGCCAGUGGAGAAGGCUCUCAGCUCAGGGACGCUGCGGCUUCCACUUGGGCAGAAAGCUCUCACCCCCGGGGUACUGCGGGCCCUGCCUCCAGAGAAGGCUUCCGACUCUGGGGCACUGCGGGUCCUGCCUCCGGAGAAGGCUCUUGGCUCUGGAGUGGCCCGGCCUCAGCUGUUGGAGAGGUCUCUCACUCUUACAGCCCCAUGGCCUCAGGCAUCAGACAAGCUGACUGCGGCUGUAGCUCCUCGGCCUCAAGUUUUGGAUAAGCCUCCAGCUGCGUCAGCUCCAAGGCUGUUGCUUUCCGAGAAGGCACUGCGGCCUGUCGACCAGAACGCUCAGCCGAAAGAGAGAGGAGCUUCUGCUAUAGAGGUGAAUCCCCAGCAGAAAGAGAGGACCAUGUUACCUGGUGAUCAAAUCUCUUGGUCUGCUGGGAAAGCAGCAACACAUGUCGGACAGGUACCUUGGCCUACAGAGAAAUUACAGACACAUGAGCAAACCCACUGGCCCGCUGCAAAAGCCCUGACACCUGCAGAGCAGUCUCCUCGGACAGCAGAGAAACUACCAGAGCCGACUCUUCAGCCUGGCUGGGAAGUGGCUUCAGCCCCCACAGAGCAAACCCCUUGGACAUCAGAGAGAUUGCGUGCAUUUGAGCAGACCCCUCGGCCUGCCAGGGAAGCACCAGUGCCCCCAGAGCAGACGCCGUGGCUUGUCAGGAAGUUCAGACAAUUGACCAGAUUUCUUGGCUGGCUGGAAAAGUACAGACUCCUCGGGGGCAGGACCCUUUACCUGAACAAAACACAGCGCUAGCCCAUAACCAGGAUACUGUCUGUCAUGAAUUGGCUGACUCAGAGCCAAAGUGAGGUUGGUGAAUAUGGGAGGCAGGUUUCAGUCUUUUAAUGUUUAGGGAGGGGGAUAUUCUUUGUUGUCUUUUUUUUUUCUAAUUUUUAUUCACUUCCCUGAGCCCAGCCCCUAACCCAUGCACAUCCUAUCCAUAUUCUCUCAUGACAUGAGCAAGGACAUUCACUUAAGUCUGAGUGUGGCCCAGCCAAGGGGAGAGAAUAUCCGUGACCUUUUCCUCUUCCUUUUACAAAUGGUAAAGCUGAAAUAAAGAGUCCACUCUGGAUAAAUCUCAAAUUCCAUUGGAAUGGUCACAUUACUGAUCCAGCAUGUUCAAGCUCCAGGUCUGAUUCAUAGAUGGGUUCCCAAGUGCACCUAGGGGGCCCUUUCUUCUUACUGUGUUUAGAGGAAGCAGAUCAGUUAGGCUGCCCUGGGACUGGAGAUGUUUCAGGGAUCAGGUGGCUGCCCUGGGACUGGAGAAGUUUCGGGGAUCAGGUGGUGAGCAAUCAGAUGUAUUCCCUUGCUAGACUCUGUAGAAGCAGGGAAGGGGGGUUAUCUGUUGUCUGCCCAGUUCUCUGUCCCUGCAGGGUUUUGCUUUGCAAGGUUUGUCCAUGCGCUCACUGGGAUGUGCUGCGUGCGUGGUUCGCUGAAGGACAGGUAUUGUCUCCAGCUGAGUUAGGAGAGGAGCCCACUGCACCCGGUCUGUGCAGUUUACUUCAGCAGUAGGCAAUAUCCAUUAAGGCUCCUUUAUACAUGACUAUGACUGUCCAGGCCCAAGAAACAGGAAAUCUGAAGGAGGUCAGAAGAAAGAGAGAUGUUGGAAGAGGCUACCUGGCAGUUUUUCCAUUCUUGUGUCUUAAUCCUUUAGCAAAGAAACACGCAGAGUGUUUCCUGCACUUGAAAACAUUGUGACCUAUAAAGCAGCAAUAGCAGAGUAGAGCAGAGUGGAUUUCCCCAAGGUGCUGUGCACCACCCCUGCAGGGUGUCGGUGCUCCAUUUGAAAUUUCCAUCUAGUCUCUUCUUGAAUUCUGUCAUUUCCAUGAGCCAGCAAACUAAGCAGUCUUUUCUUCGCUUGUCUCAGACAUGUUCAGGACAUGUGUUUGCAUCGUGUCUGGUCUUUCCAGCAGAGUGAUGCACUGCAGUGCUGCAAGUGAAGCCUGUGUCGUUCGCUCUGUAGCACAGAGGCAAGAACGCGGUAUCUGUAUCGGGACCCAUCUCAACACCUUCCCCUUGGGUAGCUUCUGGCUUAACACAUCUACAACCAAAGGAGACUUGAAUUAACUGGACUAUAUUGGUGUGUGUGUGUGUGCGUGUGUGCGCGCGUGUCCUUCCAACUGAGUAGUAGUUCUCACACUGGAACACAGUGGGCUCUAGCAGCUGGCUGGCAUUCUUUUUUCCUCUUCUCCCUUUUCCAGUUAAGACGUUUUGUACCUGGUGGUUGUCAGGCUGGUGUCCAGACUAGGCCUGCUGAAAGCAGUUGAUUACUUGAGUGUUGAGGCAGAAGUUUGCUUUGCUGUGAUGCUCUUGGGGCAAGAGGUGGAAUCCUAGGGACCGAAGGAGUGGCACCUUGUGACACCAGCCACUGCUGCCCUCGCAGAAAGGAGGAGGGCAGAUGUCCCCAGGCGGUACUGCCCGGGUUUGAUCAGGUUCAGUAUCCUGCCAUCAGGAAGCCAGCACACUCUCCCACUCUCACAACACAUUACCUCUGUGAUUUGCCUGAGCUCCACUGAUGCAGGUCCCGCAGCCUCGGAUCGCUCUGUGCCAGCCACUCACCUUUUGUACAGCUCCACCGUAUCCUUCUAGGUCCAGGCAGAUCUGCAAAUCUCCCCUCGAAGGGAGAGUUUAGCUCCAGGCUGACCCUUUCCUCCUGACUUGGGAGCAGGUCGUUGCUAGCAUUUGGCUUGCAAGUGCUUGCUGCUCCUGGAGCCGGAUGGUCAUUAGCUUUGCAGUGUUCUACGAAGGGAGACAGACACUUGUACCAAGACAAAUCCUGAUCCAUUCUCCUUUCCUGCUGUGUGCACCCAAGGCAGUGUCCUGCUGUAAAGGCCAGGUGUGCUGGGCACAAGGGGACAUUACCAAUGCUGUGGUGCAUCCCUUCUCUAGUCCGAAUCAUUUCAGAUCUUUUGUAGAAUAGCUAGCGACUUUGAAAAGCUUUAUGGCUUAUGAAAACUUACUGUUUAAUGUUGUUUUUCCGGGAAGACUGGCAGGUCAGUUCCUGCUUGCUGCUGAAACUGGGGAAAUGCAAGCAGCUUGUGUUUCUGCGUGACUCCUGCACAAAGGGAAUCAGGACAACUCCUCAGAGCCAUUGAGAGAGAAGAUAUACUAAGGGCAUUUAUUAACUUUUUUUAAACAAAAUAAAAAAAAUGGUAAUGAGGUUCAGUAUAUUAAGUAUUUAUCAUGUGUGAGAAGGAAAAUAAAUCUUGAAUUUACACUUAUAGGCCUUCCCAUGAGCUGGACUUAGUCAUGUAGAUUGUGUAAGUAGGGUUACCUCCGUGCCAGCCACCCAGCCAGCUACAACUGUAACCAGAAAGGUAUCUGCACUGCUCUGUCCAACUCCGCUUUGCAUUGUCAUGUGUUAACUAGUUAUUUGUUUCAUGAAAAAUAAACUGUGAAUAUUUUUGGUGCAGGCUAUUUUAAAUCUGUAUAAUGGAGAAGUUCUCAAUGAAUUCUCAUAAGUGCAGGUUUGAAAAAUCACUUCUAUAAAUCGUAUGUUCAAAUAAUAGGGUGAGGUUCACAGCAACAGAAGCCUUUCAUACAGCAAGCUGUUAUCUAAAAACUUGUUUUUAACAGUGAAAAUAGAUUGAACUGUUGCAUGGCGUUUCAAACCCACAGCCUUAUUCCUUGCAUCUGACUUUACCUCACCUCUCUUCUUGUCUCCCUUCAUGCCUUUUCCAUGAGGAACCAGUUUUCCAGCUUGCUACCUUCCAGCUACGUGUUGGAAAAUUGACUUCAGCGUAGCUGGGAGGCUGCUCAGUAAAAUGUGACCUGGCAUUUGGAAAUGUCGUUAAAAGAGGAAGCAAGCAAGCUGUUGUUCCCUCCCAGCCCCUGCAGUCCCCUGGGUGAAGUUUAGUCAAAUCAGGAGGGUUUUAUAGAAGUGCCCAGGGCUCGCAUAGGGAGAAUUUAUGCUUUUAGGAAUGACUGACUCUGCUGGGUCACUCAGCAAAAUGAGCAAGGCCUGAAAAGGCACGGAGAUAGGUCCCUCUAGGCGAGACUAAGAGAUGUGCUCUGCUUUCACCAGCCUGUCUUUCAGCUGGAGCUGAACAACAUGAUCUCAGGGUGGCAGACAGCGUUGGGCAAGAGAACCCUUAAGAAGUAAGUGUGAGCUCCCUCAGCACUUGAGAGGGCGCUUACUGUUUGUGGGAGCUGGUGGCACUUCCUUGGCGGAGGCGAGGGAGAGGUGUGUCCUGGCGCUUCCUCGGUUCCGUUUCUGAAGUUCAUUGCUGCCUUUCAGAGUUUUGCCAAUUUGAAUCACUGGAUGUUUUUAACAUGUAAGGAAGCAGCAGGUAACACACUGCCCUGGCAGAACGUUAGCGUAGGAGGGAAGCUGCUGCUCUCAGACUGUGACACGGCAUGCAGGAGGUCCUGCACCGUAGGAGACGGCCGCCACGGCGCUGCCGCCGCGGCAGGGCAGCUGCGCUUGCUGUCGGGCUGGAGCUCCAUGGCUGAGGCCAGGGCAUGUUUUGGGAUAGUUGAAGGGAUCUCAUCUGGUCACAAGUGGUCUCAGAUGAGAUGUCGCUGCACACAAGGUGGAGGAGAGGUGACUCUUGGGUUAAUAUGCCGCCAUGGAGAGUUUUUACGUGGAGAGUAAUUGUCAGUUCUGCUUAGAGCUAUGUCCCCUUUCCAUAACAUCUUGAGGAGGCUCAUGGAAACUUUCUGGUAACAGUCCACUUACAAAAACAUCCGUGACUUCCCACGGCUCUGAUAGGGGCUGAAAGUUUUGCUGCCAUGUUUGAUGGGCAACUGUGCCUGCCAGUGCUCCCUGCGUGCCGGCGGGACGGCCGGGCUCAGAGCAGUGAACAGCAGUGGUGCCUUGGUGGGCUGCAGUCACAGUCCCACCGACUGGGGCACUGUGGUGCCCACUUCAACAGCCGGUUUGCCCAUUGGGUAAAGUAGUCUGCAUUCACCUUUGCUGAUGGAGGAGCUCUUCUGAGGGAUAAUGGCACAGUUAUGGACUUCACGGGGCCACGAUCUGCUCGCAGAGGCGGGAGGAGAGUUGUGGAGGAGGAAGAACCACGGGAGUGUACGGGGUGUGUGUGCAGGAGAGGAGCAGCGCACUGGCUACCGCCUUGCUUGGCUCAACCCGUUUACUCCAGCGGAGCUCGCUCGUCCUCGUCCCUGCCAGCCAGGACUCUGGUGAACGUAGCAUGAAAGUGACCAUUGCAAGGGAUAAUCCCGUACUGUGUAUCUUCAGAUACUAGCUAGCUCAUGGUAGCAUUCUUUGUUACUGUUCUCAAGUUAAAACUUUUCCUAUUAAAAAACAAACAAAAAAAAAAAAAAAAAAAAAAACCCCAAAAGACAGAUUCAUUUCCGUGCACAAACUAUCCAGAUACUACUGUGGGAGCAUGCGUUUUAACCCCCCUCCCCCCCCCCAGGCUCAGGCCUUGCUUUGAAGGAGGGAGCAGUAUUAAAAUUUAAGAGAUCAGAUAUAUGGUUAAAUCUAAAGAUCAGCAACAUAUUAAGGUGAGAAGAUGCAGAGUUAGGGUGUUAGAAAAGCUUUAACUGUUUAAUUAAAAAAAAAGAAGAAAAAUGAGGCCUAACCCUAAUGCAUCUUGCCAGCUGGUUUAUCCUGAGCACGCAGUUGAUGUAUGUUGCUUGUACUUGGAUGUGGUACCCAGCAUCACUACAGGGUAGAGGAGAGUUUGAGAGACCUCAGACCUUCAACACCUUCGGUUUAUUUUUAUUUUUAAUUUCAGCCUUAACUUCUGAUUUUGCUUGGUGUUUGGAAUAACUGUAAUUGUAACCUGCUUGUAAUGUGCUUUGCCCUAAAUUACUGAUGAGUCUUUCAGCCUUUGCCAGCGAGUGAGUGUUUAAGCAAGGUGUCAAAGUGGUGCAGCUACUCUAAAAGGAAGCUACAGAGGCGGCCGCCUGGAUUCAGUGAGUUCUCGUGAUGUGGUUUGAUCGCCCCGAGCUUUAUCCACAGUAGGUGCUCCAUGUGAUGGUGACACCCCCGUGGAGGCAUUUGCGACCGAGGCUCUCUUGCAUGAGCAGGGCCUUGCUGAUGGGUGCUCUGGGUUCCCAGGCCCUGGGAGACGGGCCGCUGUAGUUCGGAGACCGCUCUGCCGCUUGCCUGGCGUCAGCCGGAGACUUGCCUAUGUGGUGAUGACAGGAUGGCAGUGCCCUUGGUUAACAGGGGGUGGAAGAUGCACGUUUGUGCUUCAGGGUCUCCUAAAGUGAAGUCAGGUGCGGGUGCUCUCCAAGCACGGCAGCAGGACAGCGUGCAUGAACUUGGGCUAGAGAAGCGGCAGUGAUGGACAGUCCCUACAGCACUGAAUCUACCUCCGAGGGAAAUCUCGAGAAACUGAUGAUGCUAUGUCCUAUUUCAAAGUAAAGUUUUAAUCAGUUUGCCCUUGGCUGCUAAGCACUUGGGCAAUUGUGGUGCUAUUGUAAAAUGUUUGGCAGCUUAGCACAGUAGGGCUGAACUCACAGCUCCUAGCCCUUGGGCUGGAGUUUUUGUCAGCUGAAUCCUGUCCCCUGGUAGCUGGGGCUUGGGCUUUGGUGUGUGUGAUGGAAACAGGGCAAGGCAUGUCUCUUAAGCCUGGAGGGACUCAAUUCCUUUGAUUUGUGAUGGUUUUGAGACUCAAACCAGCGUGCCGGUGGGCUCCAUUAGUGCAGAGAGCAAAUGGAGCCACAUGAAGCAAACCAGGUAUCUGCUAACUGCAUGUUCUUUGUGUCUGUUUGGUACUGAGCUGGUUUCAGUUUUUGUUUUUUUCUGAUGUUUCCUAGUUGUUGACUUCAAGGAACUGGGUUUUGUGUAUUUUUUUUUAGACACUGGGAACUUACUGAAAGGAAAAGCAGCAGCACCAGGAGGCUCAAGGUGAAGCAAGGCUGGAGCUAAGGCUAGCACGGGUGGGAGUGAGUUUGUUCUGUCGGCCGCAGUUCGUGCCGGCGCGGGGGUGCGCGGGCAGCAGCGGCGCUGGCGGCACGCUCUACCGCCUCGGCUGGGCUCCUCGGUAGGGUGGUAGAAACGUUUUGGAAGAGUAGUCCCAGCCGUGCUUGCACGUGGCGCUCCACUGACCGCUCCGCCAGUCUGCUGGCUUCAGACAGAACAUGUUGGAAAGCACACGCGGUUUUGAAGUCUCGCGCAGCCCUCCUCCUGCGCAGCCCGCUUGGCGGUGCUCUGGCCGUGCCCCUGCGCGCGGCUCGGCGGUGGGCUCCCGGGGAAGGCGGCCCCAUCCCAACGGGCCUGCCGGCGGCAAGCCCAACGGGAGACGUCCCUCUGCAAGCGGUGUGCAGCCCGGCCGCGGAAGAGCGCCGUGUCCCUGGGCGUGCAAGCGGGCGGCUGGGGAAGGGGGUCCCCCGGCCGCCUGCUCCCCCCGCCUUUCCGGGGCGGAUAGGAGCAACACGGGGUGCAGUUGUACCAGCGACGAAGCAUUAGCUGGGAGGCUUGGUAGGAGCCAACCCUGGUUAGGGGUUAGCUGAGCCCACCCGUGCGCGUGAUGCUAGUGGGGCAGCACUGGGGGCCGAGAGCUCUUUGCCCAAGCUCUGCCGCCCGCCGGGAGGUGGCGGAGGGGAACUUCUUGCAGGGUCCCAUUUUUCAGGCUUUGCUGAAGGAAAGUUGACUGAAGCACGGGUGCCCGCCGGGGGGCUGGCCAGAGCUGCACGCGCGCGCCGCGGUGGUGUCUGGGGGCCGUGCCAGGCGUGGGUGCUCCCGGGAGACGCGCAGCUACUCAGCGCUGUCCAGGUCUUGUCCGUCGGUUCCAAGCGGAGAAUGCCAGAGCGGGUGAGAGAAACCUACAUAUUUCCAGCAUGUAUAUUAUUUUUAGAAGAGGGAGAGGGGAGAGUCUUGGACCAUUGAUUACUUUCAUUUUGCUCCCCUUAGACUGUCGGCUGUGUAUGUGAAACUUAUAAUGAGAAGAGGGUUGCCCUGCCCAGGUGCUCCCAGAACAUGUACUGUAAUUCUUUGUAUAUAGAAGAAAAAUUACUGUAAAGUAAAGUUUAACUUUACUCUCGA